AUGGCAUCUUCAACUGCUCCCGAGGGUUCAGGUUCGGGCUCGGUUAGUGUUUCUCAAGCUUCUCAAGAUUGUGAAGUACUAAAACGAAAAUCGAAUGAUGUUGGAUGGGUGUAUGGGAUGUUAAUUGAUGCAAAGAACUUGGACAAAGUCAAAUGUAUUUUAUGUGGGAAAGUUAUGUCUGGAGGAGUUUACAGAAUAAAAGAACAUGUAGCGCACAUAAUGGGAAAUGUGUCUGCAUGUCCAAAGUCUUCAAAAGAUGAUCAAGCUAAGUGUAGGAAUGCAAUUAAUGAGGGAAAGAUGAAGAAGAGAAAUAAGAAAAUUGAAGAGGAAUCUUUAAGAUCAGAUGUGAAUAUUCGAAAAGACAUUGAUGUGGAUGAAUUUCAAGAGUCUUUUGGAACCAUGAAGCCAUCACGUACCCUUGGUCCUAUGGAUAAGUUUUCAAGUGUCAUUAACCCCCAGACUUCUUUGAACUUAGCAAAGAGCAAGCGGGAACAAAACAUCAAUGAUGCUCUUUUCAAAGAAAGAACAAGUUUGGUUAAAGAAUAUGUUUGUAGAUGGGCAUAUGAAGCUGGUGUUUCUUUUAAUGCUGUUGAUAGAGAUAGCUUUAAGGUGAUGAUGGAGGCGGUUGGUCAAUUUGGGCCAGGGUUUAAACCUCCUACUAGAUAUGAAAUGAGCGAGCCGUAUUUGAAGAAAGAGGUUGACAGGAUUAAAGGCUUACUGAAGACAAAUGAAGAAGAAUGGAAAUUGAAUGGGUGCUCAAUUAUGACAGAUGCUUGGAGUGACAGAAAAAGGAGGUCAAUUAUGAACUUGUGUGUCAAUUCUAGAUUAGGCACCGUUUUUCUUUCCUCUAAAGAAUCUUCAGAUGAAACUCAUACAAGUCAACUAAUUUAUGAGUAUGUAGAGAAAUACAUUCAACAGGUUGGUCCAGAAAAUGUUGUUCAAAUAGUAACUGAUAAUGCCUCAAAUAACAUGGGAGCUGCAAAGUUAUUGAAGGAGAAGAGGCCAUCAAUCUUUUGGACCUCAUGUGCUACUCAUUCUAUAAAUCUUAUGCUUGAAAGCAUUGCAAGUAUACCGAGGUUCAAGAAAGUCAUUGAUCAAGCCAAGGCAUUAACUAUAUCUAUUUAUGCUCACCAUAAGACCUUGGCAUUGAUGAGAUCAUAUACAAAGAAGAGAGAUAUUGUGAGACCAGGGGUGACUAGAUUUGCUUUAGCAUUUCUAACUUUGCAAAGUAUAUUUGAGAAAAAAAGUCAAUUAAGGGCAAUGUUUACUAGCACUGAUUGGGAAGAAUGCAAAUUUUCCAAGAGUGUUAAAGGGAAAACAUCUUACACAACAAUGUUGAGUAUUGGAUUUUGGACUGGUGUGUCAUUGUGCUUGAAGGUUUUUGCACCUUUGGUGAAGGUGCUUCGAAUUGUUGAUGCCGAUAAGAAACCAUCUAUGGGUUUUGUGUAUGGUGAGCUUCUGCAAGCUAAGAAAGAUAUUAAGAAUGCUCUAAGUAAUGUUCCAAAAAACUAUCAGCAUAUUAUUGAUAUUAUUGAUGCAAAGAUGAAAGAUAGGCUAGAUAGUCCACUGCAUUUGAUGGCUUAUUUGUUGAAUCCUUUUUAUCAUUAUAAGGAUCCACUUCUUUAUUUAGAUCAAACUGUCUCAAUUGGGGUCAUUGAUUGUAUGGAUGUUAUCUUUUUGGGGGAUAUUGAUAUGCAAAAUAUCAUUUUGAGUGAGGAGUUACCCAUGUAUAAGAAAAAGGAGUCUAUCUUUGGGAAACCCAUUGCAGUAAAAGCAUGUUCAUUGAAUGAUGACAAGUUUGAUCCAGCAAAUUGGUGGUCGACUUUUGGUGCAUUGACUCCUAACUUGUAG